AUGACGAGCCGGAACCCGGGCACCGAGCUGGAACUUGGCUGGAUGUCAAAAGUGUAUGUGAAUCGACCUGCAGUCGUGAAGCAUGCAGAAGAAAUUAAAAAAUGGAGAACUGUGAAAGGUAAUUGGCAAGCUGCUUGGCUGCUGAAAGCUGUUACCUGCAUAGACCUCACUACUCUUUCAGGUGAUGAUACUGCUUCAAAUGUUCGCAGGCUGUGUUUUAAAGCAAAGCAUCCCAUCAGAGAGGAUCUGCUGAAAGCCUUGGACAUGCACGAUAAAGGCAUUACUGCGGCAGCUGUUUGUGUAUAUCCUGCCAGAGUCACCGAUGCUGUUAAUGCCUUAAAGGCUGCUGGUUGUAACAUACCAGUAGCUUCAGUGGCUGCUGGGUUUCCAUCUGGACAAACUCCUCUAGAAACCAAACUGGCUGAAAUAAAGCUAGCUGUGCAAUAUGGUGCCAGAGAGAUUGACAUUGUCAUUAGCAGGAGUCUGGUGCUGGCUGGCCAGUGGAAAGGUCUCUACGAGGAGAUCCGUCAGUGCCGUCAGGCUUGUGGAGAAGCUCACAUGAAAACAAUCUUGGCAACAGGUGAACUGGGGUCCCUUGCUAAUGUCUACAAAGCCAGCAUGAUAGCCAUGAUGGCAGGUUCUGAUUUUAUAAAGACAUCUACAGGAAAGGAGGUGGAAAAUGCAACCUUCCCAGUUGGAGUAGUCAUGAUGAGGGCCAUUAAGGAAUUCUACUGGCAAACUGGCAACAAGGUUGGAUUUAAACCUGCUGGGGGCAUUCGGACAGCACAAGAUGCUAUUACUUGGCUUAUGCUGGUGAAGGACGAGCUGGGAGUGGAAUGGCUAACACCAGAGCUCUUUCGCCUGGGUGCCAGUAGUUUGCUGGAAGAUAUUGAGAAACAGAUUUUCUAUCAUGUGACUGGUUCUUACCCACUUCAGCAUGACCUGGCAAUGGCUUAG